AAGAAUAAAGCGGUUGCAACAAUUUGAUAAUAUAAAUAGACCAGACGUUCUUCAGAAGGAGCAACAAAUUCUCGAACACUUGAUGCAAUCCUCUAUUCUCAAGUCAAGUACUACUGCUCAGGUUAACGUGGAGAUUCCUUUGGUGGACAAUACUGAUGCUCAAAUGAAUUUGGAUGUUACUUUGGUGGAUGAUACUAGUGCUCCGAUGGAAGUGGAUGCCCCUGAAACCAUUCAUGUUAACCCCUCCUACAAUCGACUGAAGAAAAUUGCAAAUUUUGUGAAGUCAAUUCUAUUCAAAAAGAACAUCGAUCAACCGUUAACUGUCGAGGAUCUUAAGAUGCAUGCGCCAGAUAUGGAAUUUAACGAUGAUGAAGCCAAUUCAGUACUCCUUUUGUAUCAAUUUUUCUCACCAUACUUGUUACCGAAAGUAUACGAUGACGAUGUAGAUCGGCAUCCCCUUCUCAAUUUCCCUCUUGUUACGGUAUGCAAUCAUAUUCUUCGCUCAACUGGAAACGAGAAAUUUGUAAGACGAUCUGUACCAGUUGUAAGAUCAUUCCAAGACCUAUUCCAUUACUUUGGAUCCAACGAGAUUGUAUUUGACUCUGUGCUCAUUGAAAGGGCGUGUUGGUGGAACAAAAGGCGGAAAUGUGCAACCUCUACAUUCAUAUGGAUUCGAUGUUUUUCUUCCCAACGGUCACACAAUAAGCAAUAUUACCAAGUCAAUCAAAUUCCAGGAUGAACUAUUUGGUGCUUUUUUUGAUCUUCCAACCAGGCGAAGUCUCUGUGCGAAAAAGACUGGCUUUAUCUUCUCCAAUCGAAUCACAAUCACUAACUAUGGCGCGGU